AACUCGUUUUGCUCGCGAAUAAAAUUUGGACAACACUUAUCAAAAAAAGUGAUAAUAUUCAUAUUUACGUGUCACUUUUUUAUUAUACUUAUAGUUUGUACAAAUGAUCAAAUAGUUAAUAUCUUCACAUUAUUUACAUCUUGUAGUUUAAAUAUUUUUAAAAUAAUGGAACUUAAAUGUAAAGUACAAACAUAUGAUUGGGGAAAAUAUGGUAUUGAUAGUACUGUAGCAACAUUAAUGAAAUCUGCUAAUUCAGAUUUUAUAUUGGAUGAAAAAAAACCAUAUGCAGAGCUAUGGAUGGGUACCCAUCCCAAUGGUCCUUCAUAUAUAAAAGAUUUAAAUAUAUUAUUAGAAAAAUAUAUAAAACAAAACAGUCAUGUAUUAGGAAAUGAUGUUCAGAAAAUAUUUGGUCAUCAGUUACCAUUUUUUAAAGUCUUAUCUGUGAACAAAGCAUUAUCAAUUCAAGCACACCCAAAUAAGGAAAAAGCAAAGGAAUUACAUCAACAAUAUCCUACUAUUUACAAAGAUGCAAAUCAUAAACCUGAAAUUGCAAUAGCAUUAACACCUUUUGAAGCUCUUUGUGGUUUCCGUCCAAUUAGAGAGAUACAAGAGUUUUUAAAAAUUCUCCCAGAAUUACGUGCUGUAAUAGGAGUAGAUAAAGUACUUAAAUUUAUGACAACAGAUGAUGCAGACAAUACUAAAGCUUUGAAAACAUGUUUUCAUAGUCUAAUGACUUGUGAUCCUGGAUUAAUAGCAUUACAACUCAGAAAACUACUUGACAGAUUAUCUAAUUUGGAUGAAUCAUUAAGACAAACUUUACAUGCUAGUUUACUAGAAAGGCUAUAUUCAGAUUUCCCAGGGGAUGUAGGAUGUUUUGGUAUUUAUUUUUUUAAUUUCAUAAUAAUGCAGCCUGGAGAGGCUAUAUAUCUUGGACCAAAUGUACCACAUGCAUAUCUUUCUGGUGAUUGUAUAGAAUGCAUGGCAUGCUCUGAUAAUGUAGUACGUGCAGGAUUGACCCCUAAAUUAAAAGAUGUACCAACAUUAAUUGAAAUGUUAAAUUAUAUUUGUGAACCAAUUUUUGCAAAAAAAUUUCAACCUUCUCGUGAAGAUGAAUGUACAGAAGUAUUUCGUCCUCCUGUAAAAGAUUUUGCUGUUGCUAAAAUUACAAUUCCUCCUGGAAGAGCUUCAUAUAAUAUCAUUCCCAGAAAUACAGCUAGCAUUUUAAUUAUUAUAAAUGGAAAAGGUGAAAUCUCACCAUCAAAAAUUCUUUAUCGAGGUUCUGUUAUAUUUAUUCCAGCAAAUGAUAAAAUCGGAAUUAAAGUUUUAUGUGGAUGUCAUCCUAUGUUGAUGUUUCAAGCUUUUGUAAAUGUUUAAAAACUGAAUACUUAAAAAAAAA